GGAAAAAAGAAAGAAAUAUAGAGAAAGAAAAAGAAAGAGAGAGAGAGAGAGAGAAAGAGUAUGGAGAAAGGGAGAGACAGUGUUGCAGUAACGUCAACUCAUCGUAAAAGCAUGUUUCAAUUCCAAAAGAGAUCGUAGCUAAAAUCUAUUACUUACUCUCUCUCUCUCUCUCUCUCUAUCUAUCUAUCUAUCUAUCUAUCUAUCUUUUUCUUUCUUUAUUUAUUUCUUUCUUAUUUUUUUUUUUUGUCUUUUUUCCUCCCUCAUUCCUUAUUUCCGUUGUUUUUCGAAUACCUAUAGGAUUCUAAUCUAGAAACAUAAUAUAUCCGCGAGAAAGUAAAGGAGAAACGAAAGAAAAAACAAAAAAAAGAAAAAAAUGCAAAGGUUCGAAACGCGACAUUGACCGCAAAAGAGAGAGAGAGAGAGAGAGUGACAGGAACAGGGGGAAAGGACGCGAAGGAAUAUAGGAAUCGGUUUCUCAUGGUGGAAGGGAACACACAACUAUGACGAUUGCUGCACGUGCAGACGCGCUCAAUGCGAAAAUGGAAAAGAGAAGGGACGAGAGAGAUACUAGAUGAAAAGUUUCCUCGAACGGUAGAAAGAGAGAGAGAGAGAGAGAGAGAGAGAGAAAAAAAGGGAAAAGAAGCUCGUCAGGGGAAGCCUUUUAUUCCGAAGGGAAUCCCUCGGAAGGGAGAAAACGGACGCGCUGACUUGUGUUUCUCUUCGUAACACGAAUUUAAUUAGAUUUUCUUCCAAUGGAAUUCAAAAUACAAGGUACGAAAAUAGAUGUUUCUAAGCUACUGUCUGGAUGAUAUAAAAGGAUUUUUUUUGGUGCCUGAUUAAAAUAUGAAUAGAAGGAAUAACAAUAAUAAUAAUAAUAAUAAUAAUAACAACAACAACAACAACGGUAUGUCGUUAACUACACCGCCAACAAUACACGUCGGUCCGAUAAUGACGCCGGGCUCGAACGAAACCAUUUCCAUAGUGAUACCAUUGUCCGCUCAAUUGGCCACUGUUUCCGGACAAAAGGUCGAAAAAGCAUCCUGUAAAGAUUGCGGUAAGGAUUCUAAACAAGUUUUAACGAUUAAACCUGUACCGCGAAUUCGCAAUGAUAAGACGAAAGGCUGUCCUUAUCCCAAUUGUGCAAGAUACGGUCGUGCAUUUUCAAGAGCACACGAUUUAAAGCGUCACAUCGCGCGACAUGAAAUGCGAAAGGAAAAGUUAACGGAAGAUGAGAAAGUAAACAACAUGGUCAUUGGUGGUUGUCUCGAAUAUCCAAAAAAUCUCGUUAACGAGUCUGCUUUGAGGACGAACGAGUCAUUCAAGACGGAAGUUCCUCGAAAUGCGGAGACGACCAACGUUAAGACGUACACAUGUCCUCGUUGUAAGAAGAAAUAUUCGGAUGAGAGCAAGUUAAAAGCUCAUAUCGCUAUGCAUGACAAGGCAAUGACGAAAAGUGUAUGCGCCAUAUGCCAGUUACACCUUCAAAAUGAUGCCGACUUGCAAGAACAUUUGAAGCAACACGCGAGCGUUAUUUUGCAAGCUCAAUCGGCGGCAGCGGCAGCGGCUCAGGCAACGAUUGCUCAACAAAAUGAAAAGGAGGAUGAUUUCCUUCUCGAAGAGAUGCUCUUAUUACAUAAAAAUCCACGAAGAACAACAUCGUCUGAUAAAAUGGCCGAUGUUUCUAGUAGCAAAGCCGCGUCUAAAAUUAGGUGCGAUUACUGUCAAAAAACAUUCAAAACUAAAUGGACAUUGAGCUCUCAUGUAGCCGCUCACGAAGGUCGUUAUCAGUUUGAUUGUGCCCAAUGUGGCAAAAAAUUUGUGAGAAAAAGUCAUUACGAGGGACACGUACGUUCCCACGAAGCAGCGAGGCCUUACGUAUGCGAACAAUGCGGAAAAACGUUUAAGGAAUUGAAACACCGACGCGAACAUACCAAAAGAAAGCAUCCCGGGAAUCAGAGUGCUAUACAAAAUCUCUUGGAUAGCAUUAGUCCGUGUGCAUCCGAGGAAGUGCCAGCUGAUCAGGCUAAAUUUACUCUUUUGAUGCCGGUGAACUUUACAGCUUAAAUAAAAACGUAUCAAAUGUAUUAAUUAAAAGCUUUUUCUCUUGUAUGUGUAUCUAGAGAUAUAAUAGACUUUAUGUUGAAACUUUAAUUAGUUUUCUGAAGAUGCACCGAUGACAAAUUAUACCAAUAUAACGAAUUUCAAUUUCUCAUGUG